UCUUUUUCUCGACGCGCAACAGGUGUUUAAUUACAAACAACACGCUCAAUUAAAUUGAAAUAAACGCCGCGUGCAAAGUGCUGUUACAAGCCAAAGAAAACUAAGCAGAAAUAAGUAUAAAGAAGCGAAGGCAAACGCCACAAAACGGCAGGCGCAUCCGAAAAGCCAACACCUGUUUGCCUGCAUUCCUGUGCCUGUACGAAUCCUCCUGGUACUGCGCUUGCGUGUGGUGUGUUUUGUUCGGGAAUGGUUUUUUGUUAUGUUAAAUUGUGCGCUUAGGAUUUUCGUUUAAAUUUGAAUCUUUUAACAAUUUGCUGGAUGAAACAUUGCAACAUUUUUCCAAAAGUUUUCCCUACAAACUCGACUCGACUCGCGUCUGCGUAAAAGAAACAACAAAAGCGAUGGCAACAGCAACAGCAACAGCAACAGCAUAAACAUAAGCCCAAAAACCGGUUAAUACGAAUACAGCCAAGCCAUCAAGAAGCAGCCCAAGAAAACGGCGCCCCCCAUAAAAGAGCAAGGCAAUACGAUAACAAUAAAACCCGACGAAGAAAGAGGAAAUCCAUCGAUUUUGGCUUUGGCCCCCAAGGAAUUCCAUAUAGUAAUUGUGUUAUUCUUUGUUUUCGCGUGUGGUACAGUGGAUACAGAUACAGCCUUAUCGCUCCGAUCGAAUCGAAAGUGACCGGAAUAAUUGUCGAAACUCUUUCGCGUGGCCUUUUUUAAGGCCCUUUCUUAUCGCGAGCAGAACAACAACAGCCUCGUCAGGCUGCACGCAGCACCCUUCAAAGAUUUACUUAAGAUUUGUGGAAUUCUUCAGAUCUAUCUAAUUUUAACAUGUUGGUGGAUACAAACGGAUUUUGAUCCGAAUAAAAUAUAGUUACAACAACAACCAAAAUCAUAAUGGAGAACAGCAACAGAAACUCAACAAUGGAACCCCCCGCAACGGAGACGGUCGGCUCUGAUGAGGUGGACUUUAUUGUGGCACCGCACAACAAUAACAAUGAGUACGAGGAUCUGAGGAGCGUCAGUCAAGCGGUGAUUAACACCAAAGCAACACUAACAAUCGCACCAACAAUCACACCAACAACAAUUACACCAAACAACGAACCAAAUGUUGCCAACAGCAACACCAACAGCAACACCAACACCAACACUAACAACACACUGAAGAAGUCCAAGGAAAGGCGCACACUGUUCCACUUUGGCAGCAGCAGCAGCAAAAAAUCAAAGGAGGAGACCAAGGCCAAGGAGUCCAGGGCCAGCCUACCACCCACACCCACACCAAUGCCACUAGUUCCCAUUGGAACACCGCCGCGACAGCACAAGUUCGUGAAGAGCAACAGCCUGGCCCGAUUGCUGGGCAACACCUACAAUGCCAAGAAGUUCGAGAAGCAGGAGCAAAAGCGCCUCGAGGGGUGCAAAUUCAACACGUACAGUGGCCGACGGGGCCGGGCAGGACCCUAUCUGGAGCGCUUCAAGCGGGUGUCCAAAGAGGAUGGCGACAUCGCCGGCGGGGGGGACAACGAGACAGUGAGGGUCACAAAUGUGGUUACCCUCACGACGGACUCGCGGGAUCUGCAGUAUGGCAGCCGGCAGGAGCACGUGGGCCGCCAGAGCAGCAGUAACCAGGAGCAGCAGGAUCAGAUGAGCAGCUCGAAGGCCAUGCGCACGCUGACCCGCAGCCUGGGCAAGUUGUGGAAGCGCACACACAGCGUGGAUAUCAGCACACCCGAUCCGGAGUUCAAGGUGUCGUACCUGGGCAACGUGCUAACUGGAUGGGCCAAAGCAGGUGAGGGUUGCGUGGAGAAGCAACUGAAUACGCUGUGGCGCAACUACACGCAGCACACGAAGCCGGAUGUGAUUAUGCGACUGAAGGUGUGUGCCUCUGGGCUGAAGGCCACCACACGCCAGCACGGACUCACCGAGUACUGGGCCCAUAGGAUUACCUACUGCUGUGCCCCAAAGAACUAUCCGCGCGUCUUCUGCUGGAUCUACCGCCACGAGGGCAGGAAGCUGAAGCACGAGCUUCGCUGCCAUGCGGUGCUCUGCAGCAAGGAGAAGAUAGCCCAGGAUAUAUGCGAUACUUUGCGGGAGAACCUGGAGAGCGCUUUGCGUGAAUUUAAGCGAGAGAAAAUUCUUAAGCAAAACGCUCGUCUCAGCCUGGCCAACGCUGUCUACGACAAUCCGAGCCUGCCGCGCCGCAAAAUCAUGCUGAGCGUGGGCGGCAACAACUAUCGACCGCCGCUGGAGCGCUCCAAGUCGGCGCCCAAGCUGAUGGCCAUCGAGGAGGCCAUUGGCGAGGAGGAGGGCGACGAGAUCGAGGACACCAACGAGCCGGAGAUGCGGGCCUGCUGUCAGCGCGACUCCUUGUACCCGGCCAUGACUCUGGGACGGCGUCGCUGCCGUCGCGGCCACUCGAUACGACGCACUGGAAAGAUCCAAGUCCCUUGCUGUUCCCAUCAGCAGGAGCUGGAAUCGCCCAGGGAGGAGGCCAACAUCAUUUGCCCAGCGGCCAUCAACGAUGGCUCCGACUCGGACGACUUUGAGAAGCUGCUGAAGUUCGACACGACAUUGAGCAACGAGCUGUUGCCGUACUUUGACAUGCAGCUCCACAAGACCAGCAGCCAGAGCAUGGUCAGCCUCAGCGAGCUCAAGGUCGAUGAGGAGGAGGAUGGAGAGCCGCUGAGUCUGCUGCCCACCAUCAAUAGCGAUCCCAGCGCCGAUCCCCAGGCUGACUACGACACGGAAGAUCACGAUGUGCCUGCCAUGCGUCGCAGUGGAGUCUGCAGCGAUGGCGAGGAGGACUUUUUGGACGAUGCGGAUGAUCACUAUUUCCGCCAUGCAGCGAUGCUGACAAUGCUGCAUCGCAGCUCCAUGCGGAAGCUGCGGGCCAGCGAUCAGGCCAGCCUUCAGUAUCGCCAUCAGGCCCAGUCCUCCAUAUCCUCCAAUGCAUCCAGCUCGACGACGGCGAGCACCUCGGCGGCGGCUGGCACGGGAUCCGGGGCACAGCAGGGCCUUGUCGGGCCGGACAGUGAUGAGGGUUCGAUAUCCAGCGGCUGCGAGACGGCCAGCACAGUCACAAACGCAAAUCACGAGGAGUACAUCAAGAGGGGUCAGGACCAGGGACCGGAGUUGGAGCAGGCGCAGGUGCUAGAGCAGAUGAUGAUCUACCAAAGACUGGAGCAGCAGCUGCGCAACAACAGCGAUGCCACCAACUACAGCAGUUCCAGCAGCAUCACGCUGAAGCGGAGCGACGACUCCACUAGCGAUGACCUGGAUAUGGCCGACAAGCCGGCCGGCAGGAAUAACCAGAACAUGCCGGACGAUGGCUCUGAUAGCGACGAAAGCGGCUACGUGGAGUUUCAGGAGAAGGAGCGCAUUGUCCAGGCCAGCAACGAGCCACCACACAUGGCCAUGUCCCUGGUGAAGGUCGCCGUUAAGCCGCAGAUACCACCAAAGCCGGCUCCACGCCGUUCGCUCAGUCUGAACGCGAAGGCAGCCACAGCUGCAACAGGAGCCGGCAAGGCUUCGGGCACGGCGGUCUAAGGUGGACUCCCCCACGUCCCCGCCCCAGAGAGAGAGAGAGAGAGAGAGAGAGGAAGGGAGAGAGAAUGCUUUAACACAAAGGAAACCCGUUUACAAAUUGUUAUUUCUGCGCACCCGUCAGCAACCAUAGCAAAUACAAAUACAAUACAAAAAGUGCGAGAAAUUUAAUUCCUAGUUGUAGUCUAUUAUCCAUUAUCACCUAGCAAGUAGCGGAUAAGUCAUUUGUUGUUGGUUCAUCGUCCGAGGAAGACCUAACGAUAUUAUACAUACGAGUAUAUAUUUGAUCCUUACCCAAUUCGCAUCCCAUCAUCGAAAUUAAUGAAUUUAUAUUGUAAAUAUUACUAGAAGCCAUAGGCACCAAUUUAUUACACGAUUGGAUUGUAAUUGAUGAACUGUAUCUUAUGUACCCAUAUAAAUUAUUGUCUGAAAAGUC